ACUCUUCUUCUGGGGAUGGGUGUGGAGUCAGGUAUUGGACAGGUAGCUCCAAACCACUCCCCUCUCUCCUUCAGAACUUAUAUACGAACUACCCAUAGACUCCUGAAGAAGCCUUUGCUCGUCCACUUUGCAUCUGUUGCCAGUAUCACUCCUUUAGAGUGGGGAAAAGAGAUUUGGGGAAUCCUGGAGCCAGUGGAGCAAACAGCAGCAGCUCUGCUCAACCUCAGCGCCAACAUGUUGUACCUGGAGACAGGGACCACCAAUUCUUAUAACGAGCCUAAUUCUCCACCCAAUGCAGAUGUUGACUGGUUGAUAGACUCUCAGAUUGCAGGUUGCAGAUUGCAGUCGCAGUACACAAACCUGGGGCUCCUGAACAGCAUGGAGCAGAACAACGGCUCGACCUCUACCAGCCCCUACAACAACGAGCACGCCCAGAACAGCGUGACUGCCCCAUCGCCCUACGCCCAGCCCAGCUCCACAUUCGAUGCCCUCUCUCCAUCACCAGCCAUCCCAUCCAAUACGGAUUACGCUGGGCCGCACACCUUCGACGUGUCCUUCCAGCAGUCUAGCACAGCCAAGUCCGCCACCUGGACGUACUCUACAGACCUGAAGAAGCUCUACUGCCAGAUCGCAAAGACCUGCCCAAUUCAGAUUAAAGUGCUCACCCCACCGCCGCAGGGCGCCGUGAUCAGGGCCAUGCCCGUGUACAAGAAAGCUGAGCACGUGACGGAAGUGGUGAAGCGCUGCCCGAACCAUGAGCUGAGCCGCGAGUUUAACGAUGGUCAGAUCGCGCCGCCCAGCCAUCUGAUCCGGGUGGAGGGAAACAGCCACGCUCAGUACGUGGAGGACAACAUCACUGGACGGCAGAGCGUGCUAGUGCCGUACGAACCACCGCAGGUCGGGACCGAAUUUACAACAAUUCUAUAUAAUUUUAUGUGCAACUCGAGCUGCGUGGGCGGAAUGAACCGGCGCCCAAUCCUCAUCAUCGUCACCCUGGAGACCAGAGAUGGACAGGUUCUGGGCCGCCGCUGCUUCGAGGCCAGGAUCUGCGCCUGCCCGGGCCGAGACCGCAAGGCGGAUGAGGACAGCAUCCGCAAGCAGCAUGUAACGGACAACUCAAAGAGCAGUGAGGGUACGAAGCGCCCUUACCGCCAAAUUUCCCAAAGCAUCCAGAUGUCCACCAUCAAGAAGAGACGGUCAACGGAUGAGGAAGUUUUUUGUUUACCAAUCAAAGGUCGUGAAAUCUACGAAAUGCUGGUGAAAAUCAAGGAGUCACUGGAGCUCAUGCAGUUCCUGCCUCAGCACACAAUAGAGUCGUACAGACAGCAGCAGCAGAACCUCCUUCAGAAACAGCCCUCCAUGCAGUCCCAGCCCUCCUUCGGCUCCACCUCCCCGACUCACGGAAAAGUCAACAAGCUUCCGUCUGUGAGCCAGCUCAUCAACCCCCAGCAGCGCAACACGCUCACCCCUUCCAGCAUGUCUGGAGGCCUCACAGACAUGACUCCCAUUAUGGGCUCCCACCUCCCCAUGAGUGCUGACAUGAGUUCACUGAGCCCCACACACGCCCUGCAGCAACAGCUGCCCCUGGUGCCCUCCUCCCACUGUACCCCCCCUCCUCCAUACCCCAUGGACAGCAGCAUCUCCAGCUUCCUCCUACGGCUGGGCUGUGCAGGCUGCUUGGAUUACUUCACAGCACAAGGCCUAAGCAACAUGUACCAGAUUGAGAACUAUAAUUUGGAGGACCUGUCCAGGCUGAAGAUCCCUGCAGAGUUCCAGCACAUCAUCUGGAAGGGCAUCAUGGAGCACCGACAGGCCAUGGAUUUUUCCCCUCCUCCACACAUAGUUCGCACCUCCAGCGGAGCCUCCACAGUCAGUCUGGGCUCCUCCGAGGCGCGAGGCGAGCGGGUCAUAGACGCCGUCCGAUUUACUCUGAGACAAACGAUUUCGUUCCCGCCUCGCGACGAGUGGUCCGACUUCUCUUUCGACUUGGAUUCUCGCCGCAACAAGCAACAGCGCAUCAAGGAGGAGGGGGAGUAAGCCCACUUUGCGCCUGCUGUCAAUAUCCCCAGAAGCUCAUUUCACCCCCAUUUAUGGAACAUUUCAUUUCGGCGCAAAGGAUCCGUAUACCGACUGCCGGGAUGCACUUAUUCUCAGUUUUGUACUGCUUCGGUAUUAUUUUUGAUUUCUUAAAAGCACUUAAGAAAUGUGGAGUAUUUCAAUUUUGCUUUGUAAAAUGUCACAGACUGUUUGUGUUAGUUAAACGUGACAUGAAGCUUGGUUGGGUGGAUGCUUCUGCUUUUGGACCUGAGAGUCAUUUUCCUGUUCUGUUACCCGGGUUUAGGUACAUUUAUUACAUUUAUUUGAGUUGAUCUUAACAUUUCAUGUGUCCCUUUAAAUAAGAAGUAUUAUGUAACAGAGAAAAAACAUCUCUGCUUUAUCUUUUUGUUCUUUUUGUGUCACCUUAUUCAGGCAUGUUCCACUGAGGUCGUUCAUUUAAUGUAGCCACAUAUAGGCCUAAUGCUUUUGACCCAGUAUUUUAAUGUUCUGCCAUGACUGAUGUCUUUUUUUUUUUUAUGUUUUGUUUACUGCGAUUCAACUCAAUGUUUCAAAUGUGUAUGUUUUGUAAAUAUACCCUACGGUACUUUUUUUUAGUUUUGUUAAAAAAAACCCAAAUAAAGUUCCAUAUUUGCUUUAUUGCAUGUUAGAAUCUUGUCCUUUUUUUCUUUUGAAAACAUGUUUUGUUUUAAUGUUAAAAUCUGGAUUUUUUUUAUCACAUCUGGAGGAAGAUUGAUGAUGUAAAAAUCGGUGUGGAAUGAAUGAAUAUUCAGACUUCUUGUUUAAUUACUUUUGUGGCAUUUCUUUUA